AUGACGGUCUCUCCAAAGAAACACACAUCGAACUUCACCACCUCAACAACUAACAGAGGCGUCGAGGCUAAAGAAGUGGAAAUUGGUAACAUACUUUUAGACACAAGUAUGCAGCCUUCGAGCCAGCCCAGCCAUCCGAGCCAGCAGAGCACUGACUGCAGUCAUACCUCAACUUCGCCGCCAUCGCGGGGCGAUUCCGCAUCUUACAUUCAGGUACUGGUGCAGAAGCAGAGACGUCGAAGGGACACAAUCACCGCACCCCGUCUUCCGCAACCUUCGAGCCCAGGCGCGCCACCGGCGCCGACUCCUCCACGUUGCAAGACCAAGCCAGCUAUGUUACAAGCAGACUCUACUCGGAUGCAGUUUAUACCUAUACCUCAUGCAAUAAAUGAAAAUACUCCACAAAAGCAUGGUGGCUGUGUUGCUUGCAAAAUAUGGCCCGAAUCUCUGCUAGCUUGCCCUGCGAUUGCAGCACUUCACCAAUCGUGCGGUGCAUUACCAGAACCAACAUGCGAACGAAAGAAGAACGAAAGGGCGUUGCCAAAGCGACUCGGUGCUCUACCGAAGAAUGAUGUUUCUCUGUGGCGGAAAGUAAGAAACAUCACAAAAGAAAAUAUGGAGCCCCUAGACGGCCCCGAGCGGUUGGACGUUUACCGAUUCGAGACGGGCCUGGCGACGCUGAGCGCGCGCGGCUCGGCGCCCACGCGGCUCGAGCGGGCGCUGCGGCGGGGCGCUCGGCCCGCCGCGCGCCUGCUGGCGGAGGCGCUGGCGGCGCCGCGGCUGCUGGCCGCGCUGCCCGCCGCGCUGCUGCUCGCGGCGCUGCGCAGUGCGCUGACGCCGGUGCGCGACACGGCCGUGGGCCUGGUGCAGACCGCGUCCGACUACAUGCUCAAGCCGCUGCUGGCGCUGGCGUUCAACGCGCUGCUGCAGCCGGCGCUCGCGUGCGCGAUGCAGAGCGCGCGCGCCGUGCGAGCCGCCGUGCGCCCCCUGCUGCUGGCGCUCAACGACGCGGUGGAGCCGCUCGCGCGCCUCCUGGCCGCCGUGCGCCUGGUGCACGUGGAGCGACGCUGCGCCUGCUCCUGCUCGCACGCCGUC